AUGCCGUUAAUAUGGCAUUAUCUAUGGCUUGGAAGGACAUUUAUAGAUCUUUUUCCCUCUGCAGGUGAUUUUCGUCGUCCAUCUCCUUCGCUGGACACAAAUGCCCAUCGUCAGACGGAACGUAGGAGAAGUGGCCGAAGAGGGACUCGGGAGAGAAGGACGUCUCCAUGGGAUCCGAUGUUCUUUGAAAGACGUGUUAGUAGAGAAUACACAAGUAGGAAAAACAACAGACGGUGGAGUGCUAAAGAAGUGGAGAGGCUGGUACAAGGUGUCUCUAAAUUUGGUGCUGGACAAUGGACCCAGUUGAAGCAGAAUUUUUUCAAAACGUCAAUUAGGACAGCAGUAAAUCUUAAGGAAAAUUCAUCACAACAAACUACGCUACUGUAUCUUGAGCCAUCGUUGGUGGAGCGGAUCAGGAAGCUAGCAGCAAAACAACCAGCAUAUGCAAAUAAAAGGCACAGAUAA